CUUUUAGUUUGUAGUUCUGUCUUGUUCCUGUUUCCUCUCUUAGCUUAUUAGCUCUUGUGUUUGUCUAGCUCAUUGUCAGUAUCUUGUUGGACUCUUGCUGGUGAAUGAGAGAAGUGUCUGGUCACGGUGUGUUUCCAGCAGCGGCCGCUGGGGGCGGUGCAGCUCGCUGUGUGUGAGCGCGCGUGUCUGGAGAGCUGAGGGGGCUUCAUUCAGCGCGGCUCGGGACAGGAGAAAGGGGCUGAGCCGAGCGCUUACUUACUGAGGGGAAAGAGGUGGAGACCAGAGGAGGAUUCAUAAACAGGAGCUGAUCUCCUAAGUUUUAAACGCCGCUCAAACCUUCAAGUAGCGUAGAACUAGAUCACAACUCACUAACCGACCCAACACGACUCUUCAUUCAGAGCGGCGCUGCUCCGUGACACUGCGGCUUCACCGGACGAAGUUGAAUGGGCUUGAUUGCACGGACAACUCAUUGUUUUCAUUAACUUUUCAAGACAUCUUCUCACUUUAGCCGGGACUUUAACUCCCUCAAACUUUAUACGACACGUCCUUGUUGACAAGACCCACUGAAACGAACCGCUGCAGUCAGUCUCGGAUUUUAGGAGAGAGACAUCAGGAGGAACUCUCGCAAAUGCAAAACUAUAUGUAUGAGAAAGCGAUGGCACCCGAAACAAGAAACGGAGGAACAUCCACGUUAAACAACAACGGCGUAGACAACAGCAAGAGGAAACUUUUAAUAGCACUAGACAUCUUCUGCCUUCUUCUGGCUGGCCUGCCUUUCCUGAUAAUUGAAACUAGCACAAUCGAGCCGUACCAUCGCGGGUUUUACUGCAGUGACCAGUCCAUCCAGUACCCGUAUAAAAACGGGGACACCAUAAGUGAUGCCGUGCUCUGUGCCGCUGGCAUUCUAAUUGGCAUCCUCUCUAUUGUGAUUGGCGAAUGCUACAGGAUCCAUUGCCUGAACCAGGGCUCCAAAUCGUUCGUGGGAAAUCCAUAUGUCUCCGCCCUUUACAGACAAGUGGGCGUGUUCAUCUUUGGCUGCGCCGUCAGCCAGUCAUUCACAGACAUCGCCAAGGUCUCGGUUGGACGGAUGAGGCCGCACUUCCUAGACGUUUGUAUGCCUGACUACACUACCAUCAACUGCUCUCUGGGAUAUAUUACUCAAUACAAAUGUCUUGGAGAUCCCAGCAAAGUACAAGAAGCCAGGAAAUCCUUCUUUUCUGGACAUGCUUCAUUUUCGUUGUACACCAUGCUGUAUCUGGCAUUCUACCUGCAGUCUCGGUUCACGUGGCGAGGAGCCCGUCUGCUGAGGCCACUUGUGCAGUUCACCUUGCUAAUGAUGGCCUUCUACACCGGGUUAUCACGUGUUUCUGAUCACAAGCACCACCCCACUGAUGUUUUAGCUGGCUUUGUCCAAGGAGCCCUGGUGGCCUACUUCAUAGCCUUUUAUGUAUCGGACCUCUUCAAACCCAAAGCCAAGACUGCCACUCCACCUCCCUCGCCAAUCAAGAAAGAGCUCCUCCCCUCUUCUGACAUCAUAGACAGGAACAACCAUCACAACAUGGUGUAGGAGGAGGUCUCCCCAUCCCUCACCUCCCCCCGAAUCCCCUGAAGAAACCAGAACAGCCACCUGUGACAGAGGAGCUCCGGCUUAGCUGACACCUCCUCUCUCUCAUCUGACAGUAGAAUGUAGGGACAGGACAGAGACAAUCCUAUUGACUCUUAUUAUAAUGACCUCAAUAUCCUAGAGCCCGAUUCGAAAGGCCAAACAGACACAAAGCUAACAAAAAAGCGAUUUCUCUCUCAAAAAUUUGCGGAGAAUGAAUUGAGCCCCUGUGACGAAAGUAAUACACAGAAUGCGUUAAUGAACGCCAACAAAAGGAAGAAGAGAGUGAAUGUGAGGCUGGUCACGUGACCAGCACUUCUCUCUUGUCUCUGUGGCCUUUCAGCAACAGUAUAGGACAAUUCCUUAUAUAGGACAAUUCCUUAUUAAUAGGAAUGAUUUGUUUUAUCUGCGAUGUAAUUAGCACAGAUAUAUUAACAGUAUAAAGAAGAAUAACUUAUAGCACUAUAUCCAAGUUCAUUAAACGUCACCACUCGCUAUCUGAGAAGUGUAGCUUUGAGAAGCUUUUAGCCAUCAAAGUUGAUCUUAGCUACCCGAACAGUGGCCUAACUAUUGGAGAAUGCAUUUUAAAGGGUUUUAAAUGGCGGGUGGGUGGGUUUACACGAGUAUUUUCUUAGAUAAAUAGAUUUUUAUUUUAGAUAACGAUUUCACGAUGGCCACCGCCCAUCCCUGCCCGAAUUCUGGGGGCGUGGCUGAGCCGUGCCACCUCGCUGUCUUCUGAUUGGUCAGGGGGCGGGGUUAGAUGUCGGGGAGGUGUGUCUCGUCACCACGGUCAUAGGGGUUGACUCCCACUGACCACACUGGCACAUUAUUUUUAAAUUUUUGGAACCGGGAACGAGCUUCUUCCGCUGGCUGGUUUGACCUCUUUCCCUUCCUACUGCAUAAAUCACUCAACUUUAGUUGUGUGUUUUUACCCAGAAUGCCACCUGUGCCCAAAGUCCACCUGCCCUGGCACAAGUCAAACUGUCCCGAGAAGGGGAUGUGGGGUCCCUCGGCAGGACGCUCUGUCCCGUUUGUGUGUGUUUGUAUGUGUCGCGUGUGUUUCCGCACUUGGUCCUGGUGCAGUGGACCAAUACCAUGUGAAGAAACUUUAGAAAACUGUGGACUUUUUUUUUUUCGAAAUGCCUUUUCUUAGCCUCGAUGUUCCGAUCGUGAUGAUGUCUACUGUCCCCACUAACAGCUGUACAGUACUGCCUGACUAUUACAGAAAACACAUCCAUACAACACAACUCAAGCUCCAAAUGUGUUGCACAUCCCUCCCAUUGUAUAGUCCGUCCUAUCAUUUCAACAAACCGUUUUAUUUCUCUCUCAGAAGUAUAUGAAUAAUGUAUAGAUCACUAAAAUUAACUAUGUAAGAUAUUAUUUCUGAACAUGUUUAGAUAUAUCCACUAUGAAUCUAAAAAGCAAUGUGUCAUGACCUGUGUUAUUUACAAAGUGCUGCUUUUAUGAGCAACGAUUGACCGAUUUUUGUAUUUAGGUGACUAAAAUAUUGUAGAUUUGUGAUAGUACGUUUUUAAUAAGCGUUGAAUAAAACACAUACAAUUGUAUCAAAUUCACUAUUAGUAUUUUUGUAUUGUCUCAUUUUGUACAAAAGAAAUAAUAGCAAAAUGUUUUUGUUUGUUUUUUCUGCUAAAUGUACUUCGCUCUAAUACAUGUGCUUUUAAAUAAAAGCUCAUUAUAAACGACAAAAA